UGAAGUUGGGUGUGACGCUGGUGCUUGGUCUUGCGUUUGGUAGCUCGACCGCUCUGGCGGGCAAGCACAUCAAGGGGCUCUCAAAGAAUGCACAGGAACUGUUCGAUAUUGCAAUGACCUAUAAUGAUGAUGGAUGGGACUCGAUUCGUGGGGUGACUGGGGGUGGAAGUGCUCGGGCUACCGCAUGGUACGCUGUUGGUCUCCUUGCGCGCAACGAUGGGCUGGAUGUAGCGAUUGCCCGUGACAUCAUCGACCGCGAGAUCGACGCUCAAUAUACCGUUCCUGGUAAUCCCUGGUACGGGACAUACAAAAGGACAUUCGAGGAGCCGAUUCCAGGGACCUCACAGUAUCCCGCGAGAAUCUACGGCGAAUUUGUUGGAACUGCAUUUAUUUUCGCCAUUGAAGAGUAUUCAAACUUGCUUGGCAAAAGCUUGGUCGACAAAAUGCUUGUUAGGCUGAAGCAUGCAGUCUUGGGCGGGCUGACUCGCGUGGGCCUGGAUGGAGAUAAUUUGGAUUUGCUGUAUACCAAUCCCGCAUUAAUGCGUGCAUUUUCAACUGGAUGGCUAGGGCAUCGCAUCGGGGACGCAAAUUUCACGCAAACAGCUGAACGAGAAGCGAAGUCGUUGUACGAAAUUUACCAGACAUCAAACAAUUCACUUCCUGAAUUCAACGCGCCGACUUACUAUGGAAUCGACAUGUGGGCCCUCUCUCUAUGGAGCAAAUACAGCCCAUCCGAUAGCAGUCUUGCCAAGUAUGGCCCAUUGAUGCUCUCCGGUCUCUGGGAUACCAUGGGAGAAUAUUACAAUUCCAACUUGAAAAACUUUGCCGGGCCCUAUGACCGGACGUACGGCAAUGGUAUGACUACGUACAUGGCGGUAAUUGGUCUAUACCAAUCCUGUGUCACCGGCAAGGCCAACGCACCGCUUCCGCCCAAGCUCUAUGCAUCCAAGCACAUCGACGAUUGGGCUCAAGGACAUCUCAUUGCGCUUACCUGCGAUAUAGCCUUGAAAUAUGCAAGCUCCGAGGCCAAGUCCGCCAUGACCAAGUUUACCAAACCACGAUACUUGGAACGUUAUAUCCGAUCGAGGGAAAUCAAUGACACCCGCCGACCAGUCACAACUUGGAUCGAAGACUGGGCGAUGCUCGGUGGUGAAUCGAUAAGCGAGACGGUCCACGUUAGAGGAGACCAGUUCAUACCAGGACUGGUCCAGUGGUCCCCCAAAAGGGGCUACAUCUCAUGGAUUGCCUGGUCGCAGUCUGCCAACUGGCUAUCUGGGGUCGUGGGCAACUCGAGUUGGGGCCAACCAACUCUAACACUGUCGUAUCCGAAUCGAACUAUUCCUGGGACCGAGCGGUUUACGCUUAUGACUGGUGGACUUCCGUAUGUGCCUGGGUCAAACAUGACUUGGCCUGGGUUCGAAGGGUUGCCUGGGAUCAAGUUGAAAGUCACCACGACUGGGGUCGAUGCGCCUUCGACUUAUUUCAGCAACUCAGCUCUCCAUGAGUAGCUUUAUUGGAAUACUACAUACCAGGUUUCUUCCGGCUUUGCCGGAAUUCCUUCCAUCUCUUUCACGCUCGCCGAAACUGCCAAACCACCCAGCUCUUGAG